CAAACAGCCCAAACAUGCUGGUGCCGUCGGAUAUGAUUGCGGCCCAAUCAAAAAUGGUCUAUCAAAUGAAUAAAUAUUGUGCGGAUCGUGUGCAAACCCGCAAGGCACAAAUACACAAACAAAUUUUGGAAGUGUGUCGCAUAGUACAGGACGUUCUCAAAGAGGUGGAGGUGCAAGAGCCUCGUUUUAUAUCUUCCCUAAACGAUUACAAUGGUCGAUUUGAGGGCCUCGAAGUUAUAUCACCCACAGAAUUUGAAAUUAUUAUCUACCUCAAUCAAAUGGGUGUUCUAAAUUUUGUCGAUGAUGGUACCCUACCCGGCUGUGCAGUACUAAAGUUGAGUGAUGGCCGUAAACGUUCCAUGUCGUUGUGGGUAGAAUUCAUCACAGCUUCGGGGUAUUUAUCGGCACGUAAAAUACGUUCCCGCUUUCAGACACUGGUCGCUCAGGCUUGUGAUAAAUGUGCCUAUCGUGAUAUUGUCAAAAUGAUUGCCGACACAACAGAGGUUAAGUUGCGCAUUCGUGAACGUAUUGUUGUCCAAAUAACACCUGCAUUCAAAUGUGCCGGCCUAUGGCCCCGUUCGGCGUCACAUUGGCCCAUACCCGGUAUACCAUGGCCACAUCCAAAUAUUGUGGCCGAAGUUAAGACUGAAGGAUUUGAUAUGUUGUCCAAGGAAUGUAUAGCAUUGCAGGGUAAAAAUUCCGCCAUGGAAGGUGAUGCCUGGGUGUUGAGUUUCACAGAUGCCGAAAAUCGUUUGCUGCAAGGUGCCAGCCGCCGUCGUUGUCUAAGCAUUCUGAAAACCCUGCGUGAUCGUCAUUUGGAUUUACCCGGCAAUCCGGUUACCUCAUACCAUCUGAAAACCCUACUCCUCUAUGAAUGUGAAAAACAUCCUCGUGAAAUGGAAUGGGAGGAGAAUUGCAUUGCCGAUCGUAUCAAUGGCAUAUUUCUGCAAUUGAUUUCGUGUCUACAGUGCCGGCGUUGCCCUCACUAUUUUUUGCCGAAUAUGGAUUUGUUCAAAGGCAAGUCGCCGGGUGCUUUGGAAAAUGCCGCCAAACAAGUUUGGCGCUUAACACGUAUCAUGCUGACCAACGCACGAUGUCUGGAGGAGUUGUAA